GGGACAGAACUGGAAAGAUGUCAUGAACGAAACACCUGUUUUGGAAAAUGGGCCUGGGCCACUCCAAACCUCACCAUCGGGUGAUCAAAGUCACACCUUUACAAAGCCAAGAAGCAGAGACUCCCUCAGCUGGCCCUGUGUUCUAUGCAUUAAAUCGGAACCUAGAAGAAAAGAGCUCAUACCCAUUCUCGAGACUGCAGGGUCAAAAGCAAGCUCUGGAAGGACUGUUACCACCUCUUCGAGAAAGCUGGUAUGGAAGACAUCCUGCAGUAUCCAGGCCUAUGUAUCUUGACAUCCCACUGAAAACUGAAGAAUCAAGCAUUAUCAAAAGGCAUCCACCCCGAAGAAUUCAAAAGCUUGAGCCCAUUGACCUGCCACAAGUCAUUACCUCUGAGCGACUCCUGAGCCAGCAAGAAGCCAGAACAAGACACAAAGCAAAGGAACUUGAGAAGAAAAUGCAGCUUCCAAUGUACACUUCUGGGAAGAGACAGUAUUUACAUAAGAUGAAAAUGCUGGAGAUGAACCAUAAGAGACAGGAGGCCCAAAUGGAGUUGAAGAGUCUUCAGAGUCAAGCAAGACUUGAUAUGCAAAAGCUGAAGGACCAUAAUGGCAAUAAAAUCACCAACAGCAUGCCAAGGAGCAAUCACUAUGACAUUAUCACCAUACUGCCUGAUGAAACCGUGAACAGAGACCCAGGAAAUCCACGGAAUGAAAAAUUCGUGGAAUAUCACACAGAAAAUGACUAUUGUGUCCGGAAAAUUGGCAAAAUGGAAGCAUGGCUGCGUGAACAAGCGGCCCGAGGACAGCUUUUCUGUGACAGCUCCAGCUCUGACUCAGACGAGCCUGAGAAAGGUCAGAAGAGACCACAGGCACUAGUGAGGACCAGGACGGAGAGAGUCCCACUUCAUGAUGAGUUUUAUGACCGAGAGUGAGCAAACUACACACUACUCCAGAUAGUGAGGACUCCGAGUGGUAUGUUUGUUUGUCUGUUUUCAUCAGUCAUUCCUGUCCGCGCAUGAAGUACUGAGGAAAGUAACUUACGUUGGUACAAUGAAAGGAUGUCAUCUGGAGCCUUGUGGCUAAUGGGU